UGGGAUUAAGAAUGCUUUAACAUGCAGAGUAGGAUGCAGCAAACUAAUGCCUAUCUCCCCUACAGGCGGCAGUACCAUGUCAGCCCUGGAGAGUCUCGUUGGGUCGUUAGGCGGAUCCACUGAUGAAAAUGAAGGAGACUUAAUUAGUGUGGGAGUAACAACCAGUGGAACAACUUGCUUCAACAACACGAUCUCAGAUGACCCCCUAACUACCCACGAUUCAGGUGAUGCAGCUGACCUCUGGACUACUAACCCUUGCACCUCUGCUCUGCUUGCUGCAUCUGAUCUCACUAACCCUCUGCUGACCAAUCAUCACCUGGUACCUAUACAACAGGUUUCAGCAGGGAAAGGCAACAGUGGGAAUUCAUGCACUUCCCCGUCACGACAGAGCUGUUCAUGUCCCCUGUGUGGCCGCCACAUAGCUCAGAGGCGAAGUUUGAAACAGCAUCUCAUGUCCAACUUCCAUAGACUGACGCCCACUAAAGCAGACAGUGUUGUUAAAAAAAUACUUGGCAGCUGCCCUAAUGGCAUGGAGACAUCAAACAUCCAUUACAUAACACACUUUGGGACUGUUGCUCACAAAGAGUGA